AGCUUACUCAGCUUUAGCUUUGGUUUAAAGUUGCCGCCAGAAUCCAGACCCCGGCUGCUUCUGCACAGGGAAACCGAGCUGGCUACUAUGAUGCGAUAUCCUUACCCAACCAGAAAAGAUCUUUUUGCUGAUGCGGGCACCCAGAACGUGAUGCGGGCGGGAUUCUUUUGGGUCCUUGGCAUGGUGGCCCUUCUAUACCCGCGCAAUGCAUGGUUUGCUCGGAGUAGAGCACGUCGCUACAUCGUUCACUUUUGCCUCCAUUUUUCUUGCAUACCUUCGUGUCCAAGCACCCCUGCAUAAAAGAGCGGCGGUCAUUCCCCAUCCUCUCUGAGAUUUUUCUGCAUCGAGCAAGAUUGCAGCGUGAACACACCGUGCCUAUCCUCCUAUCGUCCGUUCACUCAAUCUUCGCUUGAGGUCCUUUCCCUAAACUUUGAUCUAUCCACCGCUCAUAAGAGCUAUCAAGAUGCAGUUCACGACGACACUACUCCUUUUAGCGCUAUGCGCAACGUACGCGUCCGCUGCUCCAUCAUUCCGGUCGCCAUUCGCGCGCCCGUUUGCUCGAUUCUUCGCCGCGCCAGAGUCAGCCACCAACCGAUGGGAAUCGCGGGUGUAUCGGCAGGGCAUAACGCGUGAAGUCGCGAUGAACUUUCUUCAGCCGACUGGACUGGCUGGUCAAAGCACAUGGACAGGAUCUGUUGAUUUCACGCUAAAGAUCUGGGACACAGGAUUCUGCACGCACAUCCAACUCGUCAACCCCGCCACCAUCGUCUCCUCCACAUGGACCCUGCACAUCACCCUACCAACCGGCGCAAACCUUGUGAACAGCUGGAGCGGCGACUACACCGAAGACGCGGACGGCGACGGUCAAACAUACACCGUCACACCCGCCGAGUGGAACGACAAGAUCGUGCCGGGAAGCAGCAAGACCACUGGAUUCUGCGCGGAUAUGGACGAUGGGCUGACGACGGCUAAUCUCGAGACGCCCGAAUUCGCGUUGCAGAUGGUUGGAGGCUCGUCAGAUUCGGUGAGCACGCCGUCUGAAAUCCCUGUCGACACGCCCGUGGCUGUACCGACCCCGAGUGUUCCGUCGACUCCGGUGGCUGCUCCCGCCACCACACCAACUGCUGCACCGGCUACGCAGAUUGAUAAUGGCCCGUCCGUUGGCACGCCUCCCACUACGACUUCUACCCCAAGGACUACACCGUCGGCCGUUGCUACCCCCGUGACUGGACCCACCCCGGGUAACACUGCUACCGCUCUCGCCAAACUCAAGGCUGGAAAGCUUUUGGUUGGGUACUGGGGACAAAACACGCCAUUCGGCACAUCAGGCGACGAACUCGAAAUCGACGACUACUGCAACGGCCCCUACGACGUCAUCAACGUCGCCUUCGCCAACGUCUUCCGCAACACCGAAAACACCAUCGACAUCAACCUCUCCUCCCACUGCGGCGAAGCCUUUCCGGGCAGCACCGUCCUCUCCUGCCCGCAGGUCGGCACCGCCAUCAAGAAAUGCCAGGCCCUGGGGAAAGUCGUCAUCCUAUCCCUCGGCGGCGGGCUGGCGUCGGUGGGGUUCACAGAUGCGGCGGAUAUCGACCGGUUUACGAAUGCGUUGUGGAAUAUGUUCCUUGGCGGCACGGAUGCGACGUUCGACAGGCCGUUUGGAAAGGAUGUGGUGCUCGAUGGGUUUGACUUGGAUGUUGAGGGGGGGAGCGAUUAUGGGUAUGAUAUCUUCAUGCCCAAGAUUACCAGUCUGAUGAAUGCGAGUGGAAGGAAAUUCUACGCCACUGCUGCCCCACAAUGCUUCUUCCCCGACGUACUGCAAAACACCGCAUACGCAAAGGGAUACUUCGACUGGCUCAACAUUCAGUGGUACAACAAUGCAUGCGGCAACUCAGCCUUCCCAACCUCCGCCUGGAGCGACGCCGUCACCUUCUGGUACAAUUGGGCAAACACUGUCUCCGUCAACCCCAACGUCGGCCUCCUCGUCGGCGCACCCGCAUCGAUAUCAGCCGCGUCCGCGAGCAGCUACGUCCCGUUGACGGCGGCGGGUGCAACGACGCCGAGUAUUGCAAAUAUUGUGAAGGCGUGGAAGACGAGCUAUUCUGCGCGGUUUGGUGGAGUCAUGCUAUGGGAAGUCAAGACCGCCGCACUCAACGGUGAUUACGCAACAGGCGUCCGCAACAUCCUCGGCGCUUGAACCAUCAACGUAUGUGAAAUACGCCACCGUCCAUUCUCCGCAACCAACACCGUUUCCGUUUCGGCCGCCUGAAAUAACCUCGCCUUCGGCCAUCCACCUUGACGUGACUCGUUAUGUAUCCCGCGUACUUAGUGUGUUUUUCCCUGUAUAUCUUUGGUUUUCCGGCUGUGUGUCUUCUUACCGUUUACAUGGGGAUGUUGGGAAGCUUAGUUUCGCAGCAUGCGGAGACGCUGCGGUUCGACUGUUGUGAUUUACAAAAAGACGUAUAGUGUUGUAAAUGAUGAAAUAUAUUGUGCCAGUAUGCAAAACAGAUAUGCUAUUUCUGUUUCUUCCGAUGCGGUUGGGGUCUUCCCUCUUCGGGG